AUGCGUUCCCGCAGGAAAAUUGAAAUCAUUGUGGUAGCGGUGUUCGUGCUCUGCGCAUGGUUCCUCUUUGACGCCCACUUCAAUGAUAUCCCAGAAGAAUCUGUCGAGGCCAGCGUUGCUGAGAAACCAUGGCAACAUGAAGCAACAGAAGCAGAAGAAGAGCAAAAGAUACUUGGGCAGGACAAUGCGCAUGGCGGCACGAAAGAGGAAACAUCAUCGGCCUCCAUCACACCUCAAUAUACAAGCACACUGACGCAAAGCACUGCGGUCGCGACACCUAGCCCAUCACUACCUGAUCACGUCGUAGUAAUGGCAAGGCUUCCAACAGACGACACACGCUGGGUACAUACCGACCUACAAGACUGGCAAUCAGCCAUCUAUGACAUCGAUACCGAAACUCCGCAAAACACAUCGACCCUGGAUCCUCUCACUAACAGCACUCUACGUAUCCUUCGGAACAAAGGAAUGGAAGCAAAUGCAUACCUCGCAUACAUCGUGCAGAAUUACAACAACCUCCCUUCAACGAUCGCGUUCAUUCAUCCGCAUAAAGACGGUUACCCGCUCGCCUGGCACACUGACAACAACGAGCAUUCCAACGUAGUCUCUCUGCAAACCCUUAACAUCAACUUCAUCCAGAGCAACGGCUACGCGAAUUUGCGUUGCGUUCACGAUCCCGGCUGUCCGCACGAAGUGAUGCCGUUUCGAGAUCCGCCUGAGGACCAUCGAACAAUCGAAGCAGCGAUGCCGGAUGCGUGGAGAGACUUGUUCAACAACACGGAUAUACCCCACGUACUGGCGACACCUUGCUGUGCGCAGUUUGCCGUGUCGAGCAAGCAAGUGCAGAAGCGGCCGUUGGACGAAUACAAAAAGUACUAUACGUGGUUGAUGGAAACUCCGCUAAAAGAUGAGACAAGUGGCCGGGUGUUCGAGUAUCUUUGGCACAUCCUGUUUGGUCAAGACCCCGUUUAG